CUUGCCCAUUUUGUAAAGAGUGUUCAACCUAUACCCAUUUUUAAAUGUCCACAUUCCUUUCCAGUUAGUGUGGGACAAGCUAGUGUUGAAUAUGGCUUAGCCUUGCCUUUUGCUCAUGUCUAUGGAUUCAAUAGAAAGAUUUCUAAUGUUGUCGCGCGGUCGUAUCUUGCUUUACGGUGAUCACUUGGUGAAUUUUUUUUGUUGUUAGGGACUACAGUUAUUGCCUUCUUCUUGCUCUGAUUUGAUCUUAGAUUAUAGGUAAGUAGGGCGUAAGGUGUCGGUGGGGGAUAGGAGGCACUUGCAGUUUUCACUUAAGCAGCCUUAAAAGCUGAGUUUUCUCCGCUCCCUGAUGGUGGUGAUGUUGAGUAGGUCCUUCUACUUGAUGAUAAGGCUGUGAGCAUCCUCCAGGCUCCUGUUAGGGGUCAUACCAGACAAAUCGAUAGUCAACCUGAAAAAAAUCCAAACAGUACAUCUAUUUUUGGAGCCUUGGCUUCUAGGAAGGGUGAGAGGGGCCAGGAGUGGCUUGUACCAACUAUUGUGCACCCUGGAGUCCUAGCAUCCUGGAAGCAUGUGUCACUGUUAACACAAACUUAGAAUUCUUCAGGAUCCUGAAGAUCGAGGAAAGCUUAUCCUCAAAAGUUUAGUGGCUUGAUUAUGGGGAAGAACAGUAUUAACAUUUAAGAAUAUUUUUUCCAUUUAGAUCUACAGAGUUGGAUUCUAACUGGUCUUGGUUUCAAUUGCGAUGCAUGCAAGUUGGAGGAAAUGCUAAUGCAUCUUCCUUUUUCCAUCAGCACGGGUGUGACACCAACGACACCAAUGCCAAGUACAACAGUCGCGCUGCCCAGCUUUAUAGGGAGAGAAUCAAGGCGCUGGCCUCCCAGGCAACCCGGAAGCAUGGCACUGACCUGUGGCUUGAUAGCUGUGUGGUUCCACCUUUGUCCCCUCCACCAAAGGAGGAAGAUUUUUUUGCCUCUCAUGCUUCUCCUGAGGUGAGUGGCACAGGCUGGGCACCAGCACAACCAGAGCCAUCUUCUUUAACACCAGGGCACGUGGACGCCCCUCCGGCAAACAAUGAAGGUGGACCAGAACAAGGACCAAGUGUGGAAGGUCUUCAUGUACCAACAAAGGCUGCUUUAGGUGAAGUUUCCUCUAUCAUAAAAAAGAAACCAAAUCAAGCUAAAAGAGGACUUGGGGCCAAAAAAGGAAGUCUGGGAGCCCAGAAACUGACUAAUACGUGCUUUAAUGAAAUUGAAAAACAAGCCCAAGCCGUAGAUAAAAUGAAAGAACAGGAAGACCUUCUGGCCAGGGCGGCACCUAAGGAAGAAUCAAUUGUGUCAUCAUUACGAUUAGCCUAUAAGGAUCUUAAAAUUCAAAUGAAGAAAGAUGAAAAGAUGAACAUGAGUGGCAAAAAGAAGGUGGAAUCAGAGAGACUUGGCAUGGGAUUUGGAAAUUGCAGAAGUGGUAUUUCACAUUCAGUGACUUCAGAUUUGCAGACCAUUGAACAGGAAACGCCAAUCACAGCAAAACCAAGAAAAAAGUAUAGUGAUGACAGCGAUGACUCGUAUUUUACUUCCAGCUCAAGGUGCUUUGACGAGCCAGCGGAGCUAAGGAGCAGUUCUUUUUCUAGCUGGGAUGACAGUUCGGAUUCCUAUUGGAAAAAAGAGCCCAUCAAAGACACUGACAUAAUUCUGAAGACCACAGGCUACACAGACAGACCUACUGCUCGCCGCAAACCAGACUAUGAGCCAGUUGGAAAUACAGAUGAGGCCCAGAAGAAGUUUGGCCACGUCAAAGCCAUUUCCUCAGAUAUGUACUUUGGAAGACAAGCCAAAGCUGACUUUGAAACCAGGGCUCGGCUAGAGAGGCUUUCGGCAAGUGCCUCCAUCAGCUCUGCGGAUCUGUUUGACGAGCAGAGGAAGCCGGCGGCAGGAAACUACAACCUCACGAGCAUGCUGCCCACGGCCCCCGACAUGGCCCAGUUUAAGCAGGGAGUGAGAUCCGUUGCUGGAAAGCUCUCCGUCUUUGCUAACGGAGUCAUGACUUCGAUUCAGGAAGCCUCUCCAACGUGCCUCGCUGGGGCGGAAGCCUCUGCUGGGCUCCCGUGGCCCCUGGACGCACUGUGCUGCCCUGUCGACUGGCCUGUCCCCCUCACUGAGGCGUGAGCCCCCCGGGGUGGCCAGGUCCCCAGCCGGCAGCACAGAUCCUGCUCCGAGGGUGUUCCAAGAGGGUCUGCUGAAUGAAUGAGAGAGUCUGCUGCUGCGAAUACCCUGUGCUGGCAUGAGCGUGGCCACAGCCUUAGCCCCGGUAGCCUCUGAGGGUCUGGUCGCCCUGAGGGAGCCCCGGGCCCCUCACCAGUGCCCCGGGGCGGUAUGGCCGUGGCCGAGGUGGCGUGUGGCCUGGCCCAGUCCAACAAUAGCGUUCCCACUGUUAGUGGCAAUACCCUGCGAGCGUGGCUCCCAGACGCGUCCAUGCCGGGAGGCCCAAGGCCUGAGCGGCAGCUCUCGACUCCCUUCUCUCCAGGCUCUGGGAUCAAAGGGGGCCCCCAGGGCUCUCAGCCUCUGGCCCAGGCGGCAAAAGGCCUCCACCUGCUUGGAGCUGAGACUGACCUCAAGUCCCUGGGGAUGGAGUGGGUGGGGGAGGGGGCGGCCUCUAAGGCUCCCCCCCAAGGCCUCCUCUCCCUCCCUCUGGGCCUGGUCUCCGUCCUCCCUCGCAACCCUUUCCCUCUCUGCCCCAUCUCUGGUCCUCUCUCUGUAUCUUUCCAUCUCUCUUUCAUCCUCUCUUUCCCCCCGCAUCUCUCUCCCUCUCUCUCACACUCCCCUGCACCCCCAAACCCAAUCUCCAGGGAUGCUCCCAGGCCCCAACCUGACAAACCCGAGGGAUGAACACAGACCAGAGUGUUGUCUUCUUGACCACAGGAAAUCAAUAAAGACCAGAGGGAAUCUCCCUCAAGCAAAUUUCCUAGGAAACUGGGGGCAAACAAAGACCAAAUGACAGAAAGAACAAAGGCUCCAAGAGGGGGAGACCAGGUGGGUCUCCUGCCAGGCCCAUCCCCAGGGCCGA